AUGGCCUUGAGAAUCCAUCAAUGUCGUCCAAACCCACUCCUCCAACAAGUAAAGCUCCAAGCUUGGCCCCUUCCCAGCGGUAACCACUUACCCUACAACAGCAGGCCCAGAACCCAAAUCCUCUGCACCAGGAACAAAAGCAGCGCUGGCGAUUCCAAUCUUGCCUCAGAUUUUGCGAUGCAAGUGUCGAGGAUAAACACCAAUAUGGCCCAGAAAGAGGAGGCAAUGAAGAAGAGCAGGGAAUUGCUCUUCUGCGAGCUCUGCAAGUUCUUGGAUUUGGAAGAAGACAAGGUGAAAAAGACGUGGAGCGAAAUGGAAUCGGAGGAUAAGAUGGUACUGGUUAAAGGGUUCGUGGAUGUGUGGGGUGCCAAUUUCCACCCUUUAUCUGCUAGGUGUGUUAAGGAAUUGAUUGAAGAGCACAUACAGGAACAGAAGGAUUCGAGUUCUGAGUUAUCUUCUGCUUUCUUUCCCGGGUUGAGGAGGUUGAUGGGAUUCGCAUUCGCUACAGAAUAA